UCUAUUUCCGCUGCAGCAACGAGAACCACUACGUCAUAAAAGAAAGGAAAAUGUGGACUGGAAGGGCAAACUAAGGCCAGGACAAGAAACGCGAGUCCAGCUUAAGUCGCUCCUCGACAUCUGUUGCCAGGCAGCUGCUGGCGGUUGUCGUUUUCCAGUCGAGUCCGCCGCGGUAGAAAGGGUCGAGUCGACGUCGUUGUCGGCGUGUUGCAAACGUUCCAUAGCUCGGCUAGCCAAGCUCCAUUAGCGAUGGGCACGAGAGCGAGUCGCCUCCAGGAAGACCCGGUGGUGUCGUCCACUCUCGGGAAGGAUGGCACUGCCAAGCGGGAUUCGUACCGGCGACCCCGCUGCGCCAGGCCCACGAGCCUCAUGGUGGACUUCUCGGGCAGUUUCGAGGACACCGAAGUAAACCGGAGCCGUUCGGAGGAGGGGAGCGACUCUGACCUAGGGCAGCAUGGCGCGAGCGCCGACGGAAGCCCGGCCGACCACCACGGCAUCCCGGCAAGCAUGAACCAGGCGUCCCCGGCGGACGACAACCACAGCGAGGGCAAGGCGGAGGAGGACGGCAGCACGAGCCCGGAGGCUCCAGCCAACGCCGAACACCAGCCCGGGGAGGAAACGGGCCGCACGCCCCACCGCACUUUCUCCGAGCGGCUGCCCGGAAAUCGGCACAACGGGGGCCGCAGCGUCGGCGCCAGGUCGGCCAGGGUCCGGGGCACUCACCAGCGGCCGGUGUCUGAGGCUUGGAUCGGCCUGUACCGCGUCAACAACCGCCAUGGCAAUAUCCGCUGUCCUUUCUGCUCCAAGCUAUUCCCGGGAGGUCGCAUCGAGGAUCACCUGUUGAGCUGCCUCACGUCGCCGCCGCUUCCCUACAACACGGAUGUGCUGAGCAAAGACAGCGGCGAGUGCUCCAUCUGUCUGGAGGAUCUGGUGCAGGGCGAGACCAUUGCCAGGCUGGCGUGCCUCUGCGUCUACCACAAGAGCUGCAUCGACGCGUGGGCCAAGGUGAAGCCCUGCUGCCCCGAGCACCCCUCGGACUGACUCCCAGGUCACAUGACUUCCCCCGCGACGACUCAGGAGACCACAUGCCAACACUUUCUCCUUAUGGAAGAUGUCCGUCAAUCCAUAAGGAAGCUCCCCGCGGCGUGGACCUCCUCCUAUUGGUCCGGACCAUUUCACCACAAACUGUCGAAUUCCAAACAACCGAAAAGGACGACGGUGGCUACUUUUUGGUUUUAACUCCUCGCUUGCUGGGCGUCUGAUGACGUAAUCGCCCCGUAAGGAGGCGGGACGGUCGCCUCCUGUGUAGCCGGCGCUUUGAUGGAGGCGGGGUCGGGUUUCUUCGUCACCGGCUGUUUAAGUGUUAACAUUUUUAAGAGGGGUUAGUUGGUUAGUGCGCUGUUCCGCGCUGGUGUUUGCACCCAUUUGAGCACUUUUUUUGUCCCUCGAGGCUUUUUUUUUUUU